AUGGUGCUCCUUAGUGGUGCCAGCACCACUGUGGUGACACACAGCCACCUCUGCUCAGCUUCAGCAGGAGCGAUGCUGCCCUACCGGAGGGAGAGCCCAGCCCUGCCCCGCUGCCCAGUGCGGGGAGGAAGGGUGGUGCACGGGCCCCAGUUCGCCUACUGCCCCAGCCCCCAAGCUCUGCACCGGCUGCCGGGCACCCACACCUGCCCCUUCACCGUCGGCGCGGUGCCUUGCCCUGACCAUGGCUUCCCCUGCCCUGGCUCCCCAGGGCGCCUGGGCGAGGGCAGGGAGCGGUACGAGCUGGACACGCUGCCCUGGCAGGGGCCCCGGCUGGGCUUGGAUGAGCUGCAGAAGCCAGAGCUGGGGUGCUGGGCCAGGGUCCAGUCCAUCUGUGUCUCCCUUCUCAAGGUGCCCCUGAUGUUCGGGUUCCUGUACCUCUUCGUGUGCUCCCUGGACGUGCUCAGCUCUGCCUUCCAGCUGGCCGGAGGCAAGGUGGCCGGGGACAUCUUCAAGGACAAUGCCAUCCUCUCCAACCCAGUGGCCGGGCUGGUAGUGGGCAUCCUGGUGACCGUACUGGUGCAGAGCUCCUCCACCUCCACCUCCAUCAUCGUCAGCAUGGUCUCCUCGGGGCUGCUGGAGGUGCGCUCUGCCAUCCCCAUCAUCAUGGGCUCCAACAUCGGCACCUCCGUCACCAACACCAUUGUGGCCCUCAUGCAGGCUGGCGACCGCAGUGAGUUCAAACGGGCCUUCGCCGGCGCCACGGUGCACGACUGCUUCAACUGGCUGUCGGUGCUGGUCCUGCUGCCACUGGAGGUGGUGAGCGGGUACCUGCACCAUGUCACCCACCUGGUUGUGGCCACCUUCAACAUACGCAGCGGGAAGGAUGCCCCUGACCUGCUGAAGAUCAUCACGGAGCCCUUCACCAAGCUCAUCAUCCAGCUGGACAAGUCGGUGAUCACGGGCAUCGCAACAGGGGAUGAAAGCCUGCGCAACCACAGCCUCAUCCGUGUCUGGUGUGGCCCCACACACCCACAGACGGCCACUGUGGGGCUUGGGCCCUCCCCGAACUGCACGGCCCCUGGCCACUGCAGCACUAAGGGCAUCGAGAGCCUCCACAACGUCACCAGGCAGAAGUGCGAGCACCUCUUCGCUGACACGCCGCUGCCUGACCUGGCCGUGGGGCUGGUGCUGCUGGCCGGGUCCCUCGUCGUGCUCUGCACCUGCCUCAUCCUCCUGGUCAAACUCCUCAACUCCCUGCUCAAGGGGCAGGUGGCCAAAGCCAUCCAGAAGGUCAUCAACACUGACCUCCCACACCCGCUCAGCUGGCUCACCGGGUACUUCGCCAUGGUGGUGGGUGCUGGGAUGACCUUCGUGGUGCAGAGCAGCUCUGUCUUCACCUCAGCCAUCACACCCCUGAUCGGCCUGGGGGUGAUCAGCAUCGAGCGCGCCUACCCGCUAACCCUGGGCUCCAACAUUGGCACCACCACCACUGCCAUCCUGGCUGCCCUGGCCAGCCCAGGGGACAAGCUUGCCAGCUCCUUCCAGAUCGCCCUCUGCCACUUCUUCUUCAACAUCUCCGGCAUCCUGCUGUGGUACCCACUGCCCUUCACCCGCCUGCCCAUCCGCAUGGCCAAGGCGCUGGGCGAGCGCACGGCCAAGUACCGCUGGUUUGCCGUGCUGUACCUCAUCGUCUGCUUCCUCCUGCUGCCCUCCCUCAUCUUCGGCAUCUCUAUGGCAGGCUGGCGGGCACUGGUGGGGGUGGGCGCACCCUUCCUCGGCCUCCUUUUCUUUGUGGGGCUGGUGAACGUGCUGCAGGCACGCAGCCCUGGCCGUCUGCCCAAAUGGUUGCAGACCUGGGAAUUCCUCCCUGCUUGGAUGCACUCGCUGCAGCCCCUCGACCAGCUCAUCACCCGGGCCACGCUCUGCUGCACCGACCGCUGCCGCAGCCCCGAGGGCUGGGAGGAGCGCGAGGGCCCUCGCCGUGACAAGGCCAGGCUGGGGCUGGACAACCCCGCACUUUCCUACCCCGAGGAGGUGCCCGGCCCCACCAUCCGGGUGGGCUCCCCUCGCCCGCCCCUGCACAGUGCCACCCGACUCUAG